AUGAAGACCUUCACCAUCGCCUCCAUCGUCGCCUUGGCCUCUGUCGCCAGCGCUCAGCUCGACAACAUCCCUCAGUGCGCUCUUUCCUGCUUCAUCGGUCCUCUCACCAGUGACGGCUGCGCGAACCUGACCGACUUUGCCUGCCACUGCAAGAAGGGUGACACGCUCCUUGCCCAGGUCCAGCCCUGCGUGCAGAAGGGCUGCGAGGCUGCCGACCAGGCAAAGGCUAUUGCCGCCGUCGAGUCCACCUGCCAGGCUGCUGGUGUUCCCAUCACCAUCCCCGACACCGGCGCCCCUGCUCAGAGCAGCGCCCCUGCCGCCUCUGCCUCUCCCUCUGCUGCUCCAGCACCAUCGUCUGCUGCUGCCCAUGCCCACCCCCAUCUCUACCGGUACUCCCUCUAUGACACCCUCCGGUACUCCAUCUAUGACACCCUCCGGCUCUCCCUCUGCCUCUGGCGCUCCUACUUCUUCCGUCUCUCAGUUCACUGGUGCUGCUGCCCAGGCCACCCAGGCCGUCGGUAUCAUCGGUGCCGCCGCCCUUGCCAUGCUCGCUUUGUAAAUUACUACCAUGUCUUCUCUGUGUUGACAUUUUGA